GCAUCGUCUGCACGCAGCGAAUCAGCGACCUUGAAUAAUGCACAACAUUUAAAAGUGUGUCAGUGUGCUUGUGUAUAAUAAAUUAUCGGUACAUUUCACGAUACAUUAUUUAGUUACAAAAUAAACAAAAUACCAAACAUCAAACGAUAUAAGUUCUGUUAAUACAUACAGUGUGUAUGAUUGUAUCAAAAGAAUGGAGUUUGAACUGUUUUGUUUUGUUUUAGCAAUGUUUUCACUCUACAUUUUAUUCAGUAAACGAAGGAAAGGAAAUGGUAAAGUGCUUGUCGGACCAAAAGGUCUGCCUAUACUUGGAAGUAUCUUGGAAAUUGAUGAUGAGAACAUGCAUUUUAAGUUAUCAGAAUAUGCAGAGCAAUAUGGUGAAAUAUUCCAAGUUAAACUACUUUUUGAUGAUUUUGUAGUGUUGAAUAGUGAACGGGUUAUUAGAAAAUGUUUCGGAAGUGAUAAAUACAAGCACGUGUUUAAUGAUCGAUCAGAGAUGUUUUACGGGAAGCACUUUGCUUGUAAUAGCAAAGCUUUAAGUUAUGUAAUUGACGGGACCGGACAGUUUCACAGAACUGCAAGGAAACAUGUCACGCAAGCUCUGCAUGCAUAUGGCUGUGGACUACAUGAUUUAGAGAAUAAUGUCAUGACUGAAUUAUCUCGUCUUCAAACGAACAUUGAGGAGACGCACACAUUUGAAUGUGUUUCUACGAUUCUUCACUCUAUUUCAAAUGUUCUGUCUCUUAUGUUGAUUGGUGAACCAGUUUUAGACGAUGAAAAAGAAAAGAACAUGUUCGUGGAUGAAAUACACGUUGAAGACUUUUUUCUGAAUUCUUAUGUAAACUUCAUAAUGUCAGUUUUUCCAUUCGCACGAUACAUACCUGGAAGGUACAGAACAGAAUUUCUAAAGGCAAAGACUGUCAAUGCCAAAAUUGUAAAGAAAUAUUUUCACGAUGUGAAGACCACAUUUGUUAGAGGACAAGUUCGUGGUAUCGUAGAUGUAUUUCUUGAGGACCAAAUUCAGCAAACGGAAUCUGGAGAAGAGGUUUUCUUUACGGACGAUAAUAUUAUAGCGCAAGUGACUGACAUUAUAGAUGCGGGAAUCACAACAACUUGGUCAGUUCUUUCAAACACAAUGCUCAUAUUGCUAAAUCAUCCACAAUAUCAGAGGCUGCUCCAGAAUGAGAUUGACAGGGAAAUUGGAAGAGAACGACUUCCGACAUUUAAGGACAGAAAUAAUUGUACAUUUUUCAAAGCUUUUGAGAUGGAAGUCCAUAGAUACAUUCCCGUUGCCCCGCUUAUGUUACCCCACAAAUGCAAAACAGACGUAGACUUUGAAGGAUAUGAUAUUUCUAUGAACAGUACAAUAAUUGGGAAUAGUUGGUAUGUGCACCACAACACGGACAUUUGGGGAGAUCCAUGGAUAUUUCGGCCAGAGAGAUUCUUAGACGAACAUGGAAAUUUGCUACCGCCUGAACACACAUUGAGAAAGAACUUGAUACCCUUUGGGAACGGAUUGCGUCAAUGUCCUGGAGAGGCCUUUGCAAGAACGCGUUAUUUUCUGUAUGUCAGUAAUCUAUUGCAGCGCUGGUGUUUUGAGUUUCCCGAAGGAAAGCGCAUCUCGUGUGAUCCGAGACUUUCCGAGAACUUUGAUAUCAGUGUUGUGAUAAGACCAAAACAAUUUUACUGUUAUGCAAAGGAACGAAUAUAAACGACCAAAACCAUUCUACUGAUAUAUUAAGGAGCGAAUAUAAACAAAUGGUUGUUGAACGAUUUAUAUAUAUUGCUUCAUUAAAAUGGGUUCAUUUAUUACAACAAAUAUCAUAGUAACUGCUUUAAACUACUGUAAACAAUAAUAGUUGUCAUUUAUUCAGUCGUUACGCUACAGACGCGUGUUUCUUAGUUCUAGAAUAAUGUAUUUUAAAUGUAUUUAGAAACGUCUUUUGCAUACUAAAUCUGUAUUUCUAGAAUAUCCACAGGUCAUAGAAGUCUAUCCACAUUGUCUUCAAAGCCAAAACAUCAAUCAUCAAUGAAAAAU